AUGGCCAAAAUGAGAAACAAAAGCUUUUGUGACUAAUAUUACAAGUUGACCAAUUCUUCGAGUGCAAUUUCCCAACUUAUAAACAAUUAAAAAAUAUAGAUUUGAUCUCUUAUUUCUUUAGUGGGGUCAUGGCAUAUAAAUGGACAGCUACUCAAAUUACUACCAUUGUCCCCACACACUUGCAUCUCAUUAAUGACUCCUUCCUUCCUUUCUCUCUCUCCCCCUCUUCACUCUUCUUCACACCUCCCCUGUUCUAUAUUCUCCAUUUAUCAUCAUCAUUUUCACCAUUAAAAUUCUAAAAACUUCCUUCCAAUUGCAGGCCUCUCUCUCUCUCUCUCUCUCUCUCUCUCUCAUCUUGCAUUUUCAUUGCAUAGAUUUCAUUUAUCUUGAGGUCUUGAGGUGUGAUCAUAACCCAUCAAGCAUGAGAGAAAAGAAAGCUCAGAAGCUCAAGCUCAGUUUCUUAUUUCUACUGAUUUUCUGUUUCAGUGACACCCGUUGCAGUUCACGGCAAAAUUCACUACUAUUCGAUACAAAAGUGGAUAACAUGAUGCCCUUGAUUUCUCCGACUGGAAAUCCUCAACCGCUUUAUCCUCUUCUUGCACCAUCUCCGUUAUCACCCUUCACAAUCACAAAUAACACCGCGCCAAAGUUAUCAGGCCGGUGUACACUAGACUUUGAUGCCAUAGAUGCCAUGAUGAGCAUGACGGCAAUCGACUGUUUCACCGUGUUUGCACCAUACUUAGCCAACGUAGUAUGCUGUCCACAAUUCGAAGCAACUUUAGUGAUUCUCAUCGGUCAAUCCAGUAAAAAAACCAAAACGCUUUCACUAAACUCGACUCUCGCUAAACACUGUCUUUCAGACUAUGAUCAAAUUCUCAUGGGUCAAGGUGCAAAUAACAGUUUGCAGCAGAUAUGUGCCAUUGGUCCGUCGAACCUAACCGAAGCUUCGUGCCCGGUCAAAGAUGUUGACGGGUUUGAAAAGAUGGUCAACACGUCUAAGAUUCUUGCUAAUUGUGGAAAGAUUGACCUUGUUAACGAGUGUUGUAAGGAAACAUGUCAAAAUGCUUUAACGGAAGCUGCAAAAGAUCUUGCGUCGGUUUCUUCUUAUGAUUUUGAUGCAAUGGGGAUUCGGCGUCCUUCUGGUAUCUCGAAUCGGGUGAUUAAUGAUUGCAAAAAUAUUGCUUUGAGAUGGUUAGCAAGUAAACUUGAACCCGUACGAGCUAAAGAAGUUCUUAGAGGUUUAGCUACUUGCAAUCUUAAUAAAGUUUGUCCAUUGGUUUUGCCAAACGUGGGGCCCGUUGCACGUGGUUGCGGAGACGAGAUUAGUAACCAAACAUCAUGUUGUACCGCAAUGGAAGGUUACGUAUCGCACUUGCAAAAACAAAGCUUUUUAACCAAUUUGCAAGCUUUGAACUGUGCUGCUUCCCUUGGGAAGAAAUUACAAAAGGAAAAUAUAACAAAGGAUGUCUAUAAGCUUUGUCAUAUAAGCCUCCAAGACUUCUCCCUCCAAGCAAAUGGAAUGCAAGAGUCCGGAUGUCUUCUUCCUAGCUUGCCUUCAGACGCAACAUUCGACAGAUAUUCAGGAGUGAGCUUCCUUUGUGAUCUUAAUGAUCACAUACCCGCACCGUGGCCUUCACUGUCACAUUUACCCCCUUCAUCUUGCAACAAAACUAUUAAGAUUCCCGCACUUCCUGCAGCAGCUUCUGGGCAAAAAGGGCUAUACAACGAUGACGUUACGUUUCUUCUUCUGUGUGUGAUGACAUUCGUUCUUGUGACAAUUCUUUAACUGUUUAACGGAUCAAGUUCUGGCUUACUUAAACUUGAAAGGUCGACUUUCUUGAAAUUUAACCGUACAAGAGAAAUACUGGAGAAUGUGAAAACCGUCAAGAUUUUUGGCGGGAAACUCGGUUUGAAGCUGAAAAGUGUAUAAAAAGAUUGCAAUGAAGUUGAGUUAGUAGUGCUGCUGGUGAUUGUUGUUACUGAAAAUUGUUUUAAGCAUUCUUGCAUAGUGUUAUGUAAUAAGAAUUUUGUAAAGGAGGGAGUUCAUGUAAAUAUUUGCAGGAAACACCUUCUACUUUUAUUUGUUUGCAUCUUUACUCCCUAUAAUUUUUAAUAUUGGACAUUCAAAUGGAAGUAAUUUUGUAAGUUGGUUUUUCUAGUGAUUCACCAAUGGGCUAACUCUAUAGUGUAAUAGUGGAUGAAAGAUAUUGAAUGUAUGUGAUUUUAAGGAUAUGUAAUCAUUUUAAUUUUAAG